AUGUGGCAGCACAUAGACCUCGUGAGCUUUUUCCUUGGGCUCCAGUCACCGCUGGAAAGCCGCGGAGGUGAGAGGCUGCUCUCGGUGAUAGAGUCCGGAGAACCGGGAGUUAAUUCGGUGGCGAUUGUGAUUCUAACUCGCCGAAAGUGCGGGCUGUCCAGAUGCAUCACACGCUAUCUGCUGGCCAUGGCGACAUCAGAUCUCAUGGUGGUCAUCAUUGCCGUUGCUGUGGAGCAGAUUAACAAUAUGUUUUUGUUAAUUAAAGUCUUAUUCAUCACUCCUGUCUGUUCUUUCACCCUGGUCUUGAGAUUCGCGGCGCUUGACUGCUCUGUUUGGUUCACGGUCGCUUUCACCUUUGAUCGCUUUGUUGCCAUCUGUUGUCAGAAGCUACGUGUGAAGUAUUGCACUGAGAGAACGGCGAUCAUCAUUGUCGCAAUAAUCACCUUUGUCGGUUGUGCGCGGAGUGUCCCCUUUUUCUUCGCCGUCAAUCCUCAUGUCGUCAUUGACGAGGUGCCCUGGUAUUGCAUUCCAAAACCGGAAUAUUUCACCUCUCCCGUGUGGAGGAUCCGGGAGUUGAUUGACAGCAUAAUGACGCCCUUAUUGCCUAUAUGCUUGAUUCUGCUCUUCAAUGCCUUAACAGUCCGGCAUAUCAUAGCGGCGAAUAGACUCCGCAAAGGACUUCGGAGCAGCGUCGAAAGUCAGAAGGAUCCAGAGGUCGAGAACCGGAGGAAAUCAAUGAUCUUACUCUUCGCUAUAUCAGCCAAUUUCAUAUUGCUGUGGUUGACGUAUGUAGUGCAUUCUUUCAAGUGGCAAGUGCAAAAUGUGUAUUACAGAGACAAAUAUUUGAACAGCCCGGUAUACAACAUACAGCAGUUCGGAUUUAUGUUACAGUUUCUCAGCUCCUGCACCAACACCUGCAUCUAUGGUUUCACGCAGAAGAAAUUCAGAGAGGAGCUGAAGAAUGGUGUGAAAUUCCUGGUUACGUUCGAUGGGCGUUUAUGUAAACUGAAGAAUAUAUUCUUCAUGACUCAGUUGAACGAGCGAAAAGCCUGA